UGAGUCUUAGUUGGGCGCGCCCGCCCGCGGCGCCGGUGAAGCGAACAUGGCCCAAGCGGCGCGGGUCGCGAGGGCGCUCUGGCCCGGCAAGUGUGCCCUCGCCGACAGGCUGGGCGGCCGCUCCUGGCCGCCGUUGCUCACGCAGAGCCGGGCCGUCUUCGCGGGGACGACGAGUAGCCGGCAGGGGCGCUCGCGGCUGUUGGGGGCGGUGACGCUGGCCGUGGGGGGCGCCCUGGGACUGUAUCACACCGUGCGGUGGCACCUGCGCGCCCAGGACCUGCGCGCCCAGCGCCCCGCCGCGCAGCUUUCUCUGUCCAGCCGCCUGCAGCUGACCCUGUACCAGUACAAGACAUGUCCCUUCUGCAGCAAGGUCCGAGCCUUCCUGGAUUCCCACGCCCUGCCCUACGAGGUUGUAGAGGUGAACCCCGUGCGCAGAGCAGAGAUCAAGUUUUCCUCCUACAGGAAGGUGCCCAUCCUAGUGGCCCAGGAAGAAGGCAGCUCACAACAGUUGAACGACUCCUCUGUCAUCAUCAGUGCCCUCAAGACCCAUCUGGUGUCAGGGCAGCCCCUGGAAAAGGUCAUCACCUACUACCCACCCAUGAAGGCCCUGAACGACCAGGGCAAGGAGGUAACCGAGUUCUGUAACAAGUACUGGCUCAUGCUGGAUGAGCAGGAGGCCCAGCGCAUGUACGGCGGAAAGGAGGCCAGGACGGAGGAGAUGAAGUGGCGGCAGUGGGCAGACGACUGGCUGGUGCACCUGGUCUCGCCCAACGUGUACCGCACGCCAACAGAGGCCCUGGCCUCUUUCGAUUACAUCGUCCGCGAGGGCAAGUUCGGGGCUGUGGAGGGCGCAGUGGCCAAGUACGUGGGCGCAGCAGCCAUGUACCUAAUCAGCAAGCGUCUCAAGAACAGGCAUCACCUCCAGGAUGACGUGCGUGAGGACCUCUAUGAGGCCGCCAACAAGUGGGUGGCAGCUGUGGGCAAAGACCGGCCCUUCAUGGGAGGCCAGAAACCAAACCUCGCUGACCUGGCAGUGUAUGGCGUGCUGCGCGUCAUGGAGGGGCUGGAGGCCUUCGACGACAUGAUGCGGCACACGCGCAUUCAGCCCUGGUACCUGCGGGUGGAGAAGGCCAUCACCGAGGCCUCCUCAGCACCCUGAGCGACCCCACCUGGUAGGGGUUGGCAGCAGAAGACUGCUGGGCACUGGAGUCCCCAGGCCAGGCCCAGUGGCACUAUACAUAGGAGUAGGGGGCAGGGUCCUGCACCUCACCUCCCCAGCUGAUGACGCUGAAACUUCCAAGGCUGGGUGCUGGGGACACAGCUGAGCUGUUUCUGCUCACAAGUGCUAGGCGGGGUCAUGUCCACCCCAGGGCAGCCUCCUGCCCCUGACCUGGGCAGUGGUCCCUGUCUGGACCUCCAGUUGUGCAGCCCCUGGUGAUGCAGUAGGGUGGUGUUUAGGGUCCCUCUUCCCAGCCUCCCCUGCGGCACUGUCAUGCUGCAAUAAAGAAGAGGUUUGUUGCUCCCUUCUU